GUGAUUGAACUUCCUUUAAUGAACCCAGAGCUUUUCCUUCGUGUGGGCAUUAAGCCGCCGAAAGGCGUACUCUUGUAUGGUCCGCCGGGUACUGGCAAGACACUUUUGGCUCGUGCUGUAGCAAGUACUUUGGAAACGAACUUUUUAAAGGUUGUUUCCAGCGCAAUCGUGGACAAAUAUAUUGGCGAAAGUGCAAGGUUAAUUCGCGAGAUGUUUGGAUAUGCCAAAGAUCAUGAACCUUGUAUUAUUUUUAUGGACGAGAUUGAUGCUAUUGGCGGAAGGCGCUUCUCAGAAGGAACUAGCGCUGACAGAGAAAUUCAAAGAACUCUGAUGGAGCUGCUUAAUCAAAUGGACGGCGUCGAUUAUCUCGGCCAGACCAAACUAAUUAUGGCCACUAAUCGACCUGAUACACUUGAUCCUGCAUUGUUGCGACCAGGUCGGUUAGAUCGUAAGAUCGAAAUUCCAUUGCCUAAUGAACAAGGACGGCUGGAAAUUUUAAAGAUUCAUGCAGCACCUAUCACAAAGCACGGCGAAAUAGAUUAUGAGGCUAUUGUAAAAUUAUCGGACGGUUUCAAUGGUGCUGAUCUACGGAACGUGUGUACAGAAGCAGGUAUGUUCGCAAUUCGCGAAGAGCGCGAUUUUGUAGAACAAGAAGAUUUUAUGAAAGCGGUCAGAAAAGUUGGCGAUACAAAAAAACUGGAAUCCAAGUUGGAUUACGAGAAGCUAUAG